AUGGCUGACACUCAGGCCCAGCAGGCCCCCGAGGUUGACUACACCCUCAACAACCCCGAUACUUUGACCAAGUACAAGACUGCUGCCACUAUCUCGCACAAGGUCCUCGAUGCCGUCGCAGCCCUGUGUGUGGAGGGAGCCAAGAUCGUUGAGAUCUGCCAGAAGGGUGAUGAGCUUCUCGAUGAGGAAAUUGCUAAGGUCUACAAGGGCAAGAAGAUCACCAAGGGCGUCGGUCACCCCACAACUGUCUCUCCCAGCUCCCAUGUGACCCCAUACACUCCGUUGGUUUCCGACGCCCAGGAGGCCGAGACUACCCUGAAGGCCGGUGAAAUCGCCAAGAUUCAGCUCGGUGCCCAGAUCGAUGGCUUCGGAACCAUUGUUUGCGACCAGGUUGUUGUCGGCCAGGACGAAGUGACUGGCCGCGAGGCUGACCUCAUUACCGCGACUCACUACGCCAACGAGCUCCUGCUCCGACUCAUGGUGCCCCCUGGCCUUCUGGCUAGCGGUACCGAGGAAGAGAAGAAGAAGGCUGCCGCCGAGAGGCCCCUCACUCAGGCUCAGAUCUCUCAGCUGAUCGAGAAGGUUGCUAAGGCCUACGACUGCAACGUGGUUGAGAACACCACCAGCUGGCUCUUCGAGCGCAACGAGAUUGAGGCUGAGAAGAAGAUCAUUCUCUCCCCUGGUACCGGUGUGAAGGGUGAGGGUGUCCCCGACGUUGGUGAGGUUUGGGGUGUUGAAAUCGGUCUCUCCCUUGGAUCCGGAAAGGUCAAGACUCUGCCCCUUCGCUCUACCCUGCACCGCCGUACCACUACCACCUACGGCCUUAAGCGUCCCAGCUCGAGACAAACUCUCUCGGAGAUCGUCAAGAAGUUCGGCCAGUUCCCUUUCAGCUUGCGCCAGCUGGAUGAUGAGAAGGCCGCUAAGGUCGGUGUCGUCGAGUGUGUCCGUGGCGGUGUCCUGAGACAGUACGAGCCUGCCGGCGAUGCUGACAAUGCCGCUGUCUCCCGUCUCUUGACUACUAUUGCCAUCACCAAGAACGGUAUCACCAAGCUCACUGCUCCCGCCGCUCCCGAUUUCACCAAGGUUAAGUCCGACAAGAAGAUCGAGGAUGAGGAAAUCCUUAAGAUCCUUGAGCGUCCUCUGUCCAAGUCGACUGGCUCUAAGAAGAACAAGAACAACAAGAAGAAGGCUGCCAAGAAGGCCGACUCUGGCGACAAGGAGUAA